GGCGGGCGCCUGCGCCUUGUGUGCCAGCGGAGCGGGCGGAUCCCCCACGACGGGGCCCGGCUGACGUGUCUGCGCUACAGAGCAGCCCGGCCCGGCUGUGCCGGCCUGGGUUGAGGGGAAGAGAGGAGAAAAGAGGAGGCGGCGGAAAGCGAGCGGCGGAAAGCGGGCCGGCGCCUCUCGAAGACUCUGCCUUGCGAGGAGGCCCAGGCGGCGGCGGCGGCAGCAGCUCCUCGGCUGGAAGAAAAAGCCCCGCCCGGCCUUCACCAUGUUCAAUGUGGAGAGUCUGGAGCGGGCCGAGCUCGGGGAGAGCUUGCUCACCUGGAUCCAGACAUUUAAUGUUGAAGCACCAUGCCAGACUGUGGAUGAUUUAACCAAUGGAGUCGUGAUGGCCCAAGUCCUGCAAAAGAUUGAUCCAACGUACUUUGAUGAAAACUGGUUAAACAGAAUCAAAACUGAAGUAGGGGACAACUGGAGACUAAAGGUGAGCAAUCUGAAGAAAAUUUUAAAAGGAAUUUUGGAUUACAAUCAUGAGAUUUUGGGGCAACAGAUCAAUGAUUUUAUCCUUCCUGAUGUCAACUUGAUUGGGGAGCAUUCGGAAGUUGCUGAGCUUGGAAGAAUGCUUCAACUUAUUUUGGGCUGUGCUGUAAACUGUGAACAAAAACAAGAGUAUAUCCAGACCAUCAUGAUGAUGGAGGAGUCUGUUCAACAUGUUGUCAUGACAGCCAUUCAGGAGUUGAUGAGUAAAGAAUCUCCAGUCUCUGCUGGAAAUGAUGCUUACGUUGAUCUUGACCGUCAGUUGAAGAAAACAACAGAAGAACUAAAUGAAGCCUUAGCAACCAAAGAAGAAAUUUCCCAGAGAUGCCAUGAACUUGAUAUGCAGGUUGCUACACUGCAAGAAGAGAAGAGUAGUUUGCUAGUAGAGAACCAGGUCUUGAUGGAACGCCUAAAUCAGUCUGAUUCCAUAGAAGAUCCCAACAGCCCAGCGGGCCGUAGACAUCUGCAGCUACAGACACAGUUAGAGCAACUCCAAGAGGAAACUUUCAGAUUAGAAGCUGCAAAGGAUGAUUAUCGAAUUCGUUGUGAAGAGUUGGAAAAGGAAAUUGUAGACUUGCGGCAACAAAAUGAAGAAUUAACAAACCUGGCUGAAGAAGCUCAGUCUCUGAAGGACGAAAUGGAUGUAUUAAGGCAUUCAUCUGACAAAGUGGACAAGUUAGAAGGCCAGGUGGAAUCAUACAAAAAGAAGUUGGAAGAUCUUGGAGAUCUACGGCGGCAAGUGAAGCUCUUGGAAGAGAAGAACACAAUGUACAUGCAAAACACUGUCAGCUUAGAAGAAGAGUUGAGGAAAGCCAAUGCAGCCCGCAGUCAGCUGGAAACGUACAAGAGACAGGUAGUUGAACUCCAGAAUAGAUUGUCUGAAGAAUCCAAGAAAGCAGACAAAUUAGAAUUUGAGUACAAGAUGCUGAAAGAAAAAGUAGACAGUCUGCAAAAAGAAAAAGAUCGGUUAAGAACGGAGAGAGAUUCUCUGAAAGAAACCAUUGAAGAGAUUCGAUGUGUACAAGCACAAGAGGGGCAGCUUACUACUUCAGGAUUGUUGCCCCUGGGAGGUCAGGAAUCUUCUGACAGUUUAGCAGCUGAAAUUAGUACCCCUGAAAUCAAGGAAAAACUCAUUCGCCUUCAACAUGAAAACAAGAUACUAAAGUUGAACCAAGAAGGAUCUGAUAAUGAAAAAAUUGCCUUGUUACAGAGCCUUUUGGAUGAUGCUAAUCUCCGAAAGAAUGAAUUGGAGACUGAGAACAGGCUCGUAAAUCAGAGACUGCUUGAAGUACAAUCUCAGGUUGAAGAACUGCAGAAAUCCUUACAGGAGCAAGGUUUAAAAACAGAAGAUUCAGUCAUUCUGAAAAAGAAGCUUGAUGAACACCUUGAAAAGCUGCAUGAAGCUAAUAAUGAGCUUCAGAAGAAGCGAGCUAUCAUUGAAGAGUUAGAGCCUCGAUAUAACAACAGUUCUCUCAAAAUAGAAGAGUUGCAAGAAGCUUUGCGUAAAAAAGAAGAAGAAAUGAAGCAAAUGGAGGAAAGAUACAAGAAAUACUUGGAAAAGGCUAAAAGUGUGAUCCGUACUUUAGAUCCCAAACAGAACCAAGGGUCGGCACCUGAGAUUCAGGCACUGAAGAAUCAGCUGCAAGAACGUGACAGGAUGUUCCAUUCUUUAGAGAAAGAAUACGAGAAAACGAAAACUCAAAGAGAUAUGGAGGAGAAAUACCUUGUCAGUGCCUGGUACAAUAUGGGUAUGGCUCUUCAUAAAAAAGCAGCAGAAGACAGACUUGCUACCACAGGUUCAGGACAGUCCUUCCUGGCUAGACAAAGGCAAGCCACCAGCACAAGAAGAGCCUAUCCUGGCCAUGUCCAGCCAGCGACAGCAAGGUAGAAGAAGGCCCUGCCUUUUGAAUGGAAGCCAUCCUGGGAUCAAGGCCUACUUCUGUUACGAGUGACAGCAUUUCAGGAAACUUUAGCCAGCAUCCUUUCUGUAUCUUUGUUCCUUGCGGUUGCUGUUAACCAUUUCAGGAAGGUGGUUCUUUCUUUCUUUUUUCUUUUUUAAGAAAACACUUUCUCAAUGUUUUUAGUCUUACUUUCUGGAGCCUUCCCUUUGUCUUUUGAUGUGCCAAAAUGUUGGAAAACACCUAGUGGAAUGUAAUAAUGGAAUCUCCCCCUCUCUUCCCCUUGUUUAUAUGGAAUUGUCCUGUCUCACCUGAAAGCUGAUGAUGGCUAAGUAGCAAACCGAAAAUGUCCCGUUGGCAAAUGAUGUUGCCAUCCUUUCCAAGGCUACCAUUGUAUAAAGGGAAUUACCUUUUCUUUCUCAAUCCAGUCUGGUCUGUUUAAAUUAUGUGAUGGAAUUUGCAAUGGUGUUGCAUAGAAUUGUUAUGAAAUGUGUUAGCAGCAAUAGUCAGAUGCUGGCAGAAGCUGUAACCUGGCUGCAAGUACCUGAUCGCGUGUGUUCAUGUCCUUCUAUUUAUCCUUCUCUUGGCUUUAAUUUGGAGUGGCAAGCUGAUUUUUGUCCUUAUUUGCCCAUGUUCUUUUUUUUCCUUUUAGUAUCACUAAGGUUAAAAAUGAUUUGAUGUUCCUGUUCCAUUCUUGGUUAGUUCAAUCACCGUGGAAUAUGGCAACCAUUCAUUGCAUGGCCAAUUGCUUUAAAGCUUCCCUCUCUGCACUCUAACCAAGUGAAGCACCCAUCCUUUUCAUUGCCAUGUUAUCGCAGUUCUCCACCUGCUUGGAAAUCCUAGGAGAUGGGACCAUAGUAGUAUUCUACUUACUGUGUGCCUUGAUCCUACAGAUGCCUAGUAUUCUACAUGGUUAAACCAUCAUGGAGAAAUUUUAUGAAGCAGUGAACUGUGUAGAACAGUGCUCUCCUGAUCCCCCAGAUAACAUUUGACUCAAACUCCUCGUGAGUCCCAGGCAACAUGAUCAGGCAUGAUGGGAGUUGUAGUUCAAAAAGUUCCCCACCCCUGGUGUAUCAGGGUUGAUUUUGAUUGGAUGUCUUUGGUGGAUGCUGUCUUCAAAUUGCCAUCUACCACUGAGGACUAUUCUUAAUAGGUCAAUAAGGAGGGAGAGUCCAUUCAUUGCCUUACAGAUGGUACCAUUGCCUUCAGGCUUGGUGAUUCUGACAUGAAAGCUCGCUGUCCUUUUGUGCCAAAUCUUCAUACAUGCCUGUACUGUUAAUGGGUCUUUGUCAUGAAGGAAGGCUAGCAAUUCCCCUUCAGAUUUUGAUCCUUCCAAGUAUUGCGUUCUAGAUGUUGAGCCACUUGCACCCUUUUCAAAUUAAUGUGUGAGAAGUUUGGGGUUGCUCAAGACGAGUAGUUCCAUAUGGAUCCACCAUGGAAGUAGUUUAGAGGUUUUGUUGGAAAACUUCACCUUAAAAUAAAAAUUCAGUGUGUCUAACGUUCAGCAGAGAACAGCUUUUUGUUGUGUAUCCUUCCAAAUGUAGAUCAUAGUGACCUUUUCCUUUCGAGGAGGGGAAAGGAAUCGGAGAUGGCUUUAACUUGGAAGUCCACCUGGUUUUUAUGGCCACAUUUUCAGUAUAAAAUGUUUUUCUUCUCAUCCUCAUUUUGUGCGAGAAUGCACAGCACAUCUUAAUUUUUAAAAAGGAAUUUUGCCUUUAUUCAGCACCACCCUAGUACGUAAAAGGAGUUCUUAAAGUUCAGUAAUGUGUAGAAUAGUAAUUAAAAGGCAGGGUGUGGCUGUUAGCCCUUUGUAGUAUGGUUUAAUGUUAGAUGAAGUAAGUCAGGUAUUUCCCUCAGUAGGCAUAAAAGUAAAUUAAAAAAUCCUUCACAGGA